GUAUGGAUGACAGGAAGGAUGAAAAAAGUAGAACGCGCUGUGCAGCUCCAGAAGAAGGGCUGAAAGGCCGAGGAAAAGAGAAAAGGAAACGAAAACGCAGUAGAAGCAGAUCGUCAUCCAUUUCAUCCACAUCGUCUUCUAGCACUACAUCCACUUCCUCCUCCUCCUCGCGCUCAUCAUCGAGGUCAUCUUCUUCAAGCAGCAGAGAUUCUCCUAAGUCUAAAUCAAAGAAAAAGAAAAAAGAAAAACACAACAAAAAGUUCUUUAAAAACAAAAAGAAGAAUGAAAACUACAGCAUGAUAACUGGAAAGAAAAUUAAGAUGAGAAUAAAGAAGACUAAGAAGGAUCUAGAGGAAACAACAGUACUUCCCAAAGCACAAGACUUGCUGUGUGUACAGAGAACAUUGCCGCAGACACCAGGGAACUGCAUCGGUUCUGCUUGCAGGCUCCCUCCUGAGCAAGCUAUGAGCUACAUGAUGACAACCCAGUGGGGCCUCCAGAGGGAGCCAGUUAGGAAACGUAUCAUGAAAUAG